AUGAGACCCACGCUGGCACCCACGGAGGCGCUCAGGAGUGCCAGCCACCGGGUCCCCAUGGGCGCCACGGGCCAGGACAGCCGCCACCAUGGCCCGGCGGUGCCCACGGCCCCUGAGUGUCCGGCCGUAGGCCAGUGGGCCCCAGACCGCCCUACUACCCCAGGGGACCGGCGCCGGCCCCUGCCUGGCCGCCCGCUGAUAUACCGAGAGGCCUCCUCGCUGCGGGACUACGCGGCCUCCACCAUGACCGAGUUCCUGGGCAUGUUCGGCUACGAUGACCCCCAGAACGGACUGCCCACAGAUAAACCAGCUGUCACCGAAGAUGUAAACAUUUACCAGAAAUAUAUCGCCAGGUUCUCGGGCAGCCAGCACUGCGGCCACAUCCACUGUGCCUACCAGUACCGCGAGCACUACCACUGCCUGGACCCCGAGUGCAACUACCAGGUACGCCGCAGCCUCCCGCCCACCACGAGGGGCCUGCGGGCCCACGGGCGUGCCCGCCCGCCUGGGCAGCUGCUCUCGGGCAGAAAUGGGCAGCAGGCCACCUCUGCCAGGUACCCCCCGGCCCCCGUGAAGCAGGAGCCCAGUGAGAACGCUGGAGCCCCCGGUGCCCACGAGGCCUCCCAGGACCGAAGUUUAGACCUGACGGUGAAGGAGCCCAGCAAUGAAUCAAAUGGCCACACAGUCCCGGCAAAUUCAUCUCUUUUAUCCUCGCUUAUGAAUAAGCACAAGAGCUACCACAUCAAGGACGACGCCUACGCCAAGGACGGCUUCAAGAAGUUCUACAAGUACGAGGAGUGCAAGUACGAGGGCUGCGUGUACAGCAAGGCCACCAACCACUUCCACUGCAUCCGCGCCGGCUGCGGCUUCACCUUCACCUCCACCAGCCAGAUGACCUCGCACAAGCGCAAGCACGAGCGCAGGCACGUCAGGGCCGGGGCGCUGGGGCCGCCCCCCGCGCUGCUGGGCGCCAAGGACCCGGAGCAGGAGGAGUCCAGCAACGACGACCUGGUGGACUUCUCGGCCCUGAGCAGCAAGAACUCCAGCCUGAGCGCCUCCCCCACCAGCCAGCAGUCCUCCGCCUCCCUGGCCCCCGCCGAGGCCGCGCCCAAGCCCCCCAACAGCAAGCUCCCCGGGCUGCUGCCCCAGGGCCUGCCCAGCUCCAUCCCCCUGGCCCUGGCCCUCUCCAACGCUGGCCUGCCCCCCGCCUCGCCCUACUUCCCCAUCCUCCCCGGCCGGGGCAGCGCCCCCCUGCCCAUGUCUCAGGGCAACCCCAACCUUGGCAACCUGUUGAAUAUCAAGACAGAAGUGGAGGGGAGCCCCGCGGUGGAGUCCUCGCCCUUCCUGGGCAAGGCCGUGAACGCACUGGUGCAGGACAAGCUGUCAGAGCCCUGGAAGGUGUACCUGCGGAGGUUCGGCACCAAGGACUUCUGCGACGCCCAGUGCGACUUCCUCCACAAGGCCCACUUCCACUGCGUGGUGGAGGAGUGCGGCGCUCUCUUCAGCACCUUGGACGGGGCCAUCAAGCACGCCAACUUCCACUUCCGGACGGAGGGAGGAGCAGCGAAAGGAAGCUCGGAGGCGCCCUUCCCGGCCGCGGCCGAGACCAAACCGUCUUUGGCCCCCUCGUCCCCUCCGGCGCCGCCUGCCAGCGUGGCCGCGGCUUCCUCCCUGGAGGGGCUCGCACCCAGCCCGGCCACGGUGCCCUCCACACCCACCCUGCUGGCCUGGAAGCAGCUGGCUUCCACCAUACCCCAGAUGCCUCAGAUUCCAACGUCAGUGCCUCACCUGCCCACUUCGCCCUUGGCAACGACUUCUCUAGAGAACGCCAAGCCCCAGGUCAAACCCGGAUUCCUCCAGUUCCAGGAGAACGAUCCCUGCCUGGCGACAGACUGCAAGUAUGCCAACAAGUUCCACUUCCACUGUCUCUUUGGGAACUGCAAGUACGUCUGCAAGACUUCCGGCAAGGCCGAGUCCCACUGCCUGGACCACAUCAACCCCAACAACAACCUGGUGAAUGUGCGGGAUCAGUUCGCUUACUACUCCCUGCAGUGUCUCUGCCCCAACCAGCACUGCGAGUUCCGGAUGCGUGGGCACUACCACUGUCUCCGGACCGGCUGCUACUUUGUGACCAACAUCACCACCAAGCUGCCAUGGCACAUAAAGAAGCACGAGAAGGCCGAGCGGCGGGCAGCCAACGGGUUCAAAUACUUCACCAAGCGUGAGGAGUGUGGCAGGCUAGGCUGCAAGUACAACCAGGUGAACAGCCACUUCCACUGCAUCCGGGAGGGCUGCCAGUUCUCCUUCCUCCUCAAGCACCAGAUGACCUCCCACGCCCGGAAGCACAUGCGGAGGAUGCUGGGGAAGAACUUCGACCGCGUGCCCCCCUCCCAGGGCCCCCCGAGCCUGAUGGACCCCGAGACCGACGAGUACAUGGACUACACGGGCUGCAGCCCGGGCGCCGUGUCCUCGGGGUCGUCCACCAUGGACCGGAGCUGCUCCAGCACCCCCGUGGGGAACGAGAGCACGGCAGCAGGGAACACCAUCUCCAUGCCCACGGCGUCGGGCGCCAAGAAGCGCUUCUGGAUCAUCGAGGACAUGUCCCCCUUCGGCAAGCGGCGGAAGACGGCGUCCUCCCGCAAGAUGCUGGACGAGGGCAUGAUGCUGGAGGGCUUCCGGCGCUUCGACCUCUACGAGGACUGCAAGGACGCGGCCUGCCAGUUCUCGCUCAAGGUCACCCACUACCACUGCACGCGCGAGAACUGCGGCUACAAGUUUUGCGGGCGCACGCACAUGUACAAGCACGCGCAGCACCACGACCGCGUGGACAACCUGGUGCUGGACGACUUCAAGCGCUUCAAGGCGUCGCUCAGCUGCCACUUCGCCGACUGCCCCUUCUCGGGCACCAGCACGCACUUCCACUGCCUGCGCUGCCGCUUCCGCUGCACGGACAGCACCAAGGUCACGGCGCACCGCAAGCACCACGGCAAGCAGGACGUGAUCAGCGCGGCCGGCUUCCGCCAGUUCAGCUCGAGCGCCGACUGCGCCGUGCCCGACUGCAAGUACAAGCUCAAGUGCUCGCACUUCCACUGCACCUACCCGGGCUGCCGCCACACGGUGGUGGGCAUGUCGCAGAUGGACUCGCACAAGCGCAAGCACGAGAAGCAGGAGCGCGGCGAGCCGCCCGCCGCCUCGCCCGGCCCGGGACCUGCCCGGGCUGGGAACGGCGCGUACCCGGAUCCGAUCCGGAUGCUGGCUCGGCUCCUGUCUGGAGCUCGCCCGGAGCGCGCAGGGGCAGAGCCAGGGGGCCAGUUCCUGGGUGUGCGGCGACGCGCCCGAGCGGCAGCUUGGCUGGGGCAGCGGUGA